GAUGCGAGGAGGAGGCGAGCACACAGCAGCCGAGCGCAGGAUGCUGACAGCAUCACGCUGAAGGAAGCAGAAGUCACUUCUCUCUGACAGGGUCCAACACAUCCUGUGGACGAUGAGCAGGUCAGGCGGCGCCCCAGGGGAGGAGCUCACUGACGAGGAGAAGGAGAUCAUCAAUGGCGUGUUGGCCCGUGCCGCCAAGAUGGAGGCCAUGGAGCAGCAGCGUAUAGAUCGCCUCUCCAGCCACCUGGACGACAUCAGGAAGACGGCGUGCGGGGACGGACACUCUCGCUGUUUUGUCUGCGGUUCGGCUUUUGGGACGGCGGGGGUCACGGCCGUCCUCUGUGCGCACUGCACAAAACAUGUGUGUACUCGCUGCCGCGCUCAAAGCAACAGCGGCUCCGCUUCCACGUGGCUGUGCAGAAUCUGCAGCGAACAUCAAGAAGUCCGCAAGCGUUCAGGGGCCUGGUUUUUCCAGGGACGAGGUCAGCAGCUUCUACCCGCCCCUCUGCCGUUAUCCGGACCUCCAUGCUGCGGCGUUGACAACACUUGUGACGCACGGAUGGAGCCGACACAAGCUCAUCAGCAGCCUGAACCAAGUGGACCUCACAGUGGCCAAACAAGCGCUGGCAAUGAGUUUGUGUCCAGCGCGACGUCUGCAGCGAGCGCGGAGAGACCACCGACCUCCUCAGACAACAGGAAUGAGACCACGCCCCCUCGGCCGGCGGCUGUCCAAAAGGCCUGUAGCGGAAUUGAACCGGCGGCCAGUCCUGCUCCGCCGCGACCCCCCGCUGCCGCAGCACAGCAGGAGGACGAUGACUACGACUCUGAUGACGCCACCACGCUGGGGUUGUUGGAGUUCAGCGUCGUCUACGAGCAGGAACGUCAUGAGCUCCACUGUUGCAUCAUCAAGGCGAAGGGCUUGAAGCCGAUGGACUCCAACGGGCUGGCCGACCCGUACGUCAAGCUCCACCUGCUGCCUGGCGCCAGUAAGUCCAACAAGCUUCGCACCAAAACCCUGAAGAACACUUUGAAUCCAGUGUGGAACGAGUCGCUGGUCUAUCACGGCAUCAGCGAUGACGAAAUGUCCAGAAAGACUUUACGGCUCUCGGUGAGCGACGAGGACACGUUUGGACACAACGAGUUCAUAGGAGAGACGCGGGUGGCGCUGAAGAAGCUCAAGUUCAACCAGGAGAAGAAGUUCAACGUUUGCUUGGAGAGGGUCAUCCCGGUGAAAAAAGCCGUGGGGGGCCAAAGUCGAGGAAUGGCUCUCUAUGAGGAUGACUUGAAAGAUGGCGAGGACUCGGAGGAGAGAGGUCGGGUCCUGGUGUCACUGAUGUACCACAGCCAGCAGGGGCGUCUCAUCGUGGGCGUGGUCCGCUGUGCUCACCUGGCCGCCAUGGACUCCAACGGCUACUCUGACCCUUUCGUCAAAGUAUGUCUGAAGCCCGACAUGGGAAAGAAAGCCAAAAACAGGACGCAGAUCAAGAAGAAGACCCUCAAUCCCGAGUUCCUGGAGGAGUUCAGUUACGAAGUGAAGCACGGAGAACUGGCCAAGAAGACGCUGGACAUCUCCGUGUGGGACUACGACAUGGGGAAGUCCAACGAUUUCAUUGGAGGCUGCCAGCUGGGCAUCCAGGCUAAAGGAGAGUGUCUGAAGCACUGGUACGAAUGUCUGAAGAACAAGGACAAGAAGAUCGAGCGCUGGCACGUGCUGCUCAACGACAACAGCGUCCAGUUCGACGACUAACAACGUCUCUCAAGUAGAAAUAUACUCCUCAGUUCUCGCUCGCGAACUCACUGUCGUGCCCAUUUUGUUAUGAAUAUGACACCCAAAAAGUGUCAGCUAAGAUGCAGAAAAUAAGGAACUUUAGUUUUUAAGUUGUUGGUAUAAAUGGAGGUUAUCUGCUUGAUUGACAGCCAGUCAGCCAAUCGGAACGCUCCAUUUUGGUACACAGUCUGCGCUUCCAGCGGCGAAGUCCCUCGUGUUGCCAUGGAGAUGAUGACCACUAGGGGAGAAUGUUGCUGUCCGGAUGGGAAUCCCGCACUUGUCACAUCAGAUGUUUUGUUAUUUUGCAGGAGCGUGCACGUGUCCAUGCAUGUUGUUAAUAAAUGACUGAGACGAGACGACUGGUCAAAUGACGUCAACGCUAUACCAAUCAGCUGGCAGACAGGUGAACUUUGACCUCCUCCGAUAAAAGUCCUGCAAGGCCCCUCCGGGUAGGUUUGUCCCAGAGAAAUGACAGUGUACUAUAAUAACAAUAGCACAAACUGUAUGUCAACAAAUGGAGGCCUAAAUUGUGCUACAUUAUUUUGUGUCCUUAUAUAUUGUUCAUGGAAAAUAGGUUCAGACGGUCAAAGAAGGUUAAAAAAGGUAAAAAGUAGAAGGUCAAAGAAGGUUAAAAAAAUCAGGUGAAGGUCAAAAGUAGGUACAAUAAUGUUAAAAAUGCCAGAAGUACCUAAAAUUAGGUUAAAAUAUAUAUAUAUAUAUAUAUAAGAAGGUAAAGAUAAUAUAAAGACAAGAAGUUCAAUGUAGGAUAAAAAAUCGGUAGAAAGUCAAAGAAGGGAAAAAGUUAAAAAGAAGGUAAACCAAUGUAAAAAGGAGGUAAGUUCAGUAAAAGCAUGUAAGAAGUAAGUAAAAUAAGAUUAAAAAGGAGGUAAAGGAAAUUAUCAAUCAAUCAAUCAAUCAAUGUUUAUUUACAUAGCCCUAAAUCACAAGUGUCUCAAAGGGCUGCACAAGCCACAACGACAUCCGCGGUACAGAGCCCGCAUAAGGGCAAGGAAAAACUCACAACCCCAAUGAGACGUCGAUGUGAAUGACUAUGAGAAACCUUGGAGAGGACCCCCCCUUUCUAGGGGAGAACGGAUGCAAUGGACGUCGAGUGGGUCUGACAUAAUAUUGUGAAAGUCCAGUCCAUAGUAGAUCUAAGUAGAAAAAUAAGUAAAAUAUGGUAAAAAUAGUAAAAUGAAGGUUAAAAAGUAGUUAAAAGAAGGUAAGUAGUAGGUAAAAGAAGUUAAAAUAGGUUAAAAAAAAAUAAAAAAAUUUAAAUACGCAAAGGAAGGUAAAAAAAUAUACAAAUGUAAAAGUUGGUCAAAGAAGUAUGGAAAAGAUUUUAAAGAAGGUAAAAAAAAGUCAAAAGUAGCUAAUAGAAGGUACAAAGUAAGUAAGAAAAAAGGAGGCAAAAAGAGGUAAAUAAAGGUAAGCAGUUGUCAAAACAAGAUAAUGUAAACAGUAGAUAAAAGGUAAAAAUAUUAGGUAUAAGAAGGUAAAUAAGUAGGUUAAAAAAUGUAGGUAAAAUAGGGUAGAAAAUAAAGUAAAAUAAGGUCAAAGAAGGCCAAAGUAGGUAAUGAGUAGAUAAAAAGUAAAGAAAGGACACAGAAGGUCAAAAAAAGGUCAACAAAUUUGAAAAAAAUUGGUAAAAAUAAGGGCAAAAUAGAUAGAAAGUAGGUGAAAAAUAGGUAAUGUGAAGGCCAACAUAGAAAAUAAGUGAAAAGUAGGCCAAAAGAACGCCAAAGAAUGUUAAAAAAAAAGGUUAAAAAAAUGGACAAAAGGAAGUAGAAGAAGGUCAAAGAAGGUGAGAAGUUUGUAAAAAGAAGAUUUUGAUUAAUUGAAACAUUUAUUAGUAGAUUGUAAAGGAAGAGAAUACAUUACAUGAAACAGUACAGUUUGCACAGUAUAGUACAUAUUCCGUACAAUUGACCACUAAAUGGUAACACCCGAAUAAGUUUUUCAACUUGUUUAAGUCGGGGUCCACGUUAAUCAAUUCAUGGUAAAAAUGUUAUGGAUAUUCUGCUAUUUUUGUGUGUUUGAUGUUUUAGUAACUGUAGUUUAAUUAAGGGUUCAAAUAGACUGUUUGUUUACACUGAAGCACAAUACCCAUAUUUAAACUGUACAUAAAUAAUAUAUCAUAAAAUACAUAACACAAGGCAUCAAAUAGAGUUCAUGUUCAAUAUUCAUCAGUACACCGCAAAAAAAAAAAGUAGAUUAGCCUGCUAGCCAGAUAGCACCAAGUGAAAAAAAUACUUGACUUUUACGCAUAUUCCUGCAAAAUGAACUAAACUAGAAAGCAUGCUAACAGUUAAAACAUGUCAAGUAACACAAUGACUAAGGCAUACACCUGCAAAAUGAGCUAAAAAAAACAACCUAGCAUGCUAACACUAGCAUGCCAACAGAUAACAUACGUUGAAGAUAUUUGAAUCUGAGGCGUAUACCUGCUAAAUUGGUCAAAAAGCUAACAUGUUAAUAUUAGCAUGCUAACAGUUAACAUGUGUCAAGAAACAAGAGGACUAACUUCAGCUAAAAAAAGCUAGUUUGAUAAUGUAUUAGUAAACCUCAUUGCCUGACAACUUCAAAGAGUGUGCUGACCGCUCGCUGGGUUUUAGCCUUGUGGUUAGCACACUUACGUCUCAAACGAGGGACGUUGGUUCACGCCCCGCUUGGAGCGGUGGAAGAAUGGGUAAUCGAUGCGGUACGCAGAGCCUUUACAAUAACAUUAGCAUGCUAAUGUUACCAUACUGAUAUCAAAAUAUUGGCCAAACAAUUUGCUAAAAAGCUAGCAUGCUAAUAUUAGCAUUGACAGUUUGUGUCAAGUAACAAAAUGACUGAGGUAUAUACCUGUGAUAUAAGUUAAAGAGCUAGCAUGUUAAAAAUAGCAUGCUAACAGUUAAAAUCUGUCAAGCUAACGAAGCUUGGUGCGGCGAUGGUCUGAAGGAAUCUGCUCCCACACGUUGAGACCACUUCUCCGAAAACAGCAGGAACUCGACUCGGUGAAAGAAACAACGUGAGUAUGGCUCCCUGUUCUUCGUGCACCGGUCUCAUGGGUAGGUUGGCCCAACUAGAGGACCGUGUCCGCCAACUAGAGCAGAGUAAUUUCGUAACUUUAGACGCUGCGGACACAUCUGCUAGCGUUAGCUGUAGCGAGCUGACUAGCCCAGUUUGUAGCAGCCCUAAGCGGCCUACAAGCAACGGUUGAGACGCAUAAUAGAUUUAGCCCUUUAGCUAGUCCUACACCCCAGUCUACAGGGUACCACACCUUAGUCAUAGAGGACUCCAUCACCCGUAACAUACAAUUUAGCAAACCAGCCAUAAUUAAGUGUAUUCCCGGGGCCAGAGCACCUGACAUUGAAGCUAAUUUUAGGGAGCUAACGCGCAACAGGCCUAGUAAACACGUACCAGAAUCAGAAUCAGAAUCAGAAUAGUUUUAUUGCCAUUGUUUGAGAACGGGUUCACAAACUAGGAAUUUUUCUUGGUGCAAUUGUGCAACAUAAAACACAUAUAACACAUAUUUGGUAAUAAAAAGAGCUGUGACUGAGCUAUCAGAUAGACUUAGAAGGGAUUCAAGGAAUUCAAGGAGCUGCUGUUAGAAGUUAUUGUUCAUUUGCCUGAUGGCCGAGGGGAAAAACUGUUCAGGUGGCGGGAGGUGUGGGUCUGGAUGGAGCGUAGUCUCCUGCCUGAGGGGAGAGGGGAGAAUAGUGUGUGUCCAGGGUGAGAAGAGUCAGCUGUGAUCCGACCCACACGCCUCCUGGUCCUGGAGGACAACAAAUCCUGGAGGGAUGGGAGCUUGCAGCCAAUCACCUUCUCAGCAGCACGUACGAUGCGCUGCAGUCUAUUCUUAUCCUGGACUGUGGCGCCGGGGAACCACACUGUGAUGGAGGAGGUCAGGAUGGACUCUAUGAUGGCUGAGUAAAACUGCACCAGCAUCUCGGUCGGCACCUUAAGUUUCCUCAGCUGCCGCAGGAAGUACAUCCUCUGCUGGGCCUUCUUGAUGAGUGAGCUGAUGGUCAGCUCCCACUUGAGGUCCUGGGUGAUAGUGGUGCCCAAG